GUUAGUUUGAAGAGGGCAGGCUUUCUACGUUAACAGCGCUCGCUCAGUAACCCUCGUUUCACUGUCUUUAGCAAACACUUCAAAAUCCCCUGACUGGACAUAAAACAUUUGCCUGGAAAAUAAGUGGAACAUCACAUAGAACACGCAACUUGCUAACAGACGAGCCAAAGCGAAGAAAGUCUGAAGUCCAUCGAAGAUAAAAGAACAAGGAGCAGCACUGAUUUGUGGCUUUCUGGGCUUGGAGUGACAUGGCUGGCACUCCCAACAAGCUCGCCGCUCUCGUCCCUAGCGUGUGGAUACUGGCGAUGCUCCUCCAUCCCAGCGUUCAGAACGGGGCCGUAGCCGGUCACCGAGAGCCCCUCCCCGACGACAGCAGAGACAACAUCACCAUUUUCACCCGCAUCCUAGACCGCCUGCUGGACGGCUAUGACAACAGGCUGCGCCCUGGCCUGGGAGAGAGUGUGACUGAGGUUCGGACCAACAUCUAUGUCACCAGUUUUGGACCCGUGUCAGAUACAGACAUGGAGUAUACGAUUGAUGUGUUCUUCCGGCAAAGUUGGCGGGAUGAGAGACUGAAGUUUGACGGACCCAUGCAGGUUCUCCCACUCAACAACCUGCUAGCCAGCAAGAUCUGGACUCCCGAUACGUUCUUCCAUAAUGGGAAGAAGUCGGUGGCCCACAACAUGACGACGCCUAAUAAACUUCUUCGCCUGGUGGAUAAUGGGACCCUGCUAUACACUAUGAGAUUAACCAUUCAUGCUGAGUGCCCCAUGCAUCUGGAAGAUUUUCCCAUGGACGCCCAUGCCUGCCCGCUCAAGUUUGGAAGCUAUGCCUACACCAACAACGAGGUGGUCUACAUCUGGACAGCGGAUGAUGAGAAGUCAGUGUCUGUGGCCCCCGACGGCUCUCGCCUGAACCAGUAUGACCUGCUCGGCCAUGUCAUAGGAAAGGAGACCAUCAGCUCCAGCACAGGAGAAUAUGUGGUGAUGACAACAUAUUUCCAUCUGAAGAGGAAGAUUGGUUAUUUUGUGAUUCAGACGUACCUGCCCUGCAUCAUGACUGUCAUCCUCUCGCAGGUCUCGUUCUGGCUCAACCGCGAGUCGGUGCCGGCGCGUACCGUUUUCGGCGUCACCACUGUCCUGACCAUGACCACACUGAGCAUCAGCGCCCGCAACUCCCUUCCCAAAGUAGCCUACGCUACAGCCAUGGACUGGUUCAUGGCCGUUUGCUACGCCUUCGUCUUCUCCGCCCUCAUUGAGUUUGCCACCGUCAACUACUUCACCAAGCGCAGCUGGGCCUGGGACGGGCAGAAGGAGGUCCAAGAGAUGCGGAGACGUGACUCCGCCUCCUUCUCCAAGAAGACCAACAACACCUUCAACAUCGUGGGUACCACAUACCCGAUGGGUGUGGCCAAGGACCCAGGCCUGACAACCAUCGCCAAGAGUGCUGGAGGCAGCACCACCACCCCGGCCCCCACCCCUGUACAGCCAGUGCGCGAGGUGCGCCUCUCGCGGAUGGACGGUGAGUACAUCACAGAGGGCGUGAAGAAGUCCUACAACCGUGUCAGCAAAGUGGACAAGAUCUCACGCAUCAUCUUCCCCGUGCUGUUCUUCAUCUUCAAUUUAGCCUACUGGGCCACCUACGUCAACAGGAAGCCGUCCAUUACGAGGUCUAACCACCAGAAUUGAGCACAAGCCGCAUCUAUCACAGAGGUGGCAAAAAAAGUUAAUAAAUAAAAAUUUAAAAGAAAUUUAAAAAAAAACAAAAAAACAAUUGAAGAACUACCAGAGUCUUGAGUAGCUAUACGAUGCUACUGCGGUCAUGAUUUGAGUAUUUAUUUGCCGUGUUUAUUAGGAGUUAUUAGGAAUUAAUUUAUUUUGCUUAUUUUGCUUAUGGAAUCUUGGGUAGUUUCUAGGAGAACUGUGCUGUGGCAAGGUCUGAACAAGCCUUGUAAUUGGCUGAAAGGAGUGGCAGAGUAUAAACAGUAGCUUGGUCAUCACCUCUCAUUUAGGGCCAUCGGUCCUCACAUGUCCAUGUCACAGGCUGUACGUUCAUCACACACCGCACGUCUUUGGACAGGAAGCUCCGAGCUGUCAUUGGUUCAGUUGCCAUGGCGAGCACCUGCAGCCUUCAGCAGCCAGCGCUGGUGUCCGUCAGUAUGUCGUUAAUAAUUGUCAGUGUCUCGGUGACACUCCACUGACCUAGAGCAAUAUCAUGUAGAAUCGCUUUCCCGUUCCCACCGGGCUCUACUUCAGUGGUUUCUAGUCCUGUGACUCUUAUUGUGUUAACAGACCAAGCAGGCUCAAAAGUUAAGAAACUGUGUGCCUUUCUCCAGCCCUGUCCUGUUAAGAUGAAUCAUUCAUCACACCCCCAUAUUGUCUCCAAGCUUGCAAAACAAAACAAAACAAAAAAAGUGUCAGUGUUAAACAAAUUGCCACAGGGUUAUCUCAACCCUACAAAGAGCAUUUCUAUGUGAGAUGAUUUAAUGCAGGUAAUUUAAUAGCAGGCACUGGGCCAGACAACUUUUAUGCUGGAUUUAGUCACCACCUGUGGCAUGUAUGUAUGGCUGAGGGUGAGUAGAAUACAAGUAUUAGAGCAGUAUUAUAUGAAUUAUGCACUACUAGGGUGGUGAUGUGCUUUAGGUUUGAGCCAGUACCAAAAAUUACAGUAAGUUAAUUCUGCUGCUUCAUACUUUUUUCACAUGUAUUUCAAUGUAAAUAUUUAGAUAUAUAUGGUGUUUAUACAUUUGUGCUGUACUUUUGCAUUGAUUUUUUUAUUUAGUCAUAUUCAUCUGUAUGUAUGCAUCUUGUAGUCCUUACUACUUUGAUGUGUGUGUGUGUGUGUGUGUGUGUGUGUGUGUGUGUGUGUGUGUGUGUGUGUGUGUGUGUCUGCCUUCGUGUGUAUGUGUACAUAGAUUGCACUCCAAGUUUUGCUAAAUCUUUUUCCUUUUGCAAUGACAAAUCACACUGCUUGUGAAAUAUUAGCCACAACCUAGAGGAACCAAGACAAAUUACUGUGUCAUAUCAUCAUAAAGGGCCAAACAGCACUGCGAAUGGGAAAUUGGAGUUUAAGGUAAAAAAAAACAAAAAAAAAAACGUAGUCUGCAUGUGAUUAUCUGUGGCAUAUCAUUAGUUUCCCAGUAGCUUCCCAGUAGUUUUCCAGUAGUUUCGCAGUAACAGCUGUUAUAGUCUAAAAUUUUAAGUUUACAUUGUUAAUAUUUUUAAAAAUGUGCCAAACCAUCAUAACAUUUUAAACUUUUGCAUUCACUCCUUAGAAAGUGCCAGGUUUACAUGUGAAUUUAAAAUGUAGACAUUUUUUAGAUUUAAAAAAAGUUGCGUAAUGUAUGUACUUAUGUGACAGCAAGCUAUAAUAAGCAAAAAAGCAUCAACUUGACCAUUCCAUUGUUUCCAUUAUGAUAUCAUUAUGAUAGCUAUUAAUCAAUAGCUUUGAACUCAUAACACAGAAUCAUACUCAUCCUUAAAACACGAGUGCAUUUAAUUAGAGGAGGGAAACUGCAUUUAUUUAAUUUAGUAUUGAAGAAUGUGAAAGAGAGAAGAGGUUUUCCAUACACACACCGCAUUCUGUAUUAAUGGUAGAUUAAUGCAUGACAAUCUCUUCAUUAUUGUUCAUCAUCUCCAGUUAUGCUACAGUGACACAUUUUAGGCGUAAUGUCUUUAUACAUUGUAGCGCUCUUCUGAAUAGCUUUAUUUGGAGUCUCUGGGCUCCACAGUUUCUCACGGGCUAUGGUAAGGUUAUUUCAAAUGAAUUUGGUAUUUAUUGACAUAAAUAGUGUAAAUCAUAAAUGAAACCAUAUCCAAGGAAUAUAUUUAUAUAGGAACAAAAACAUCUAUUUAUGCUAAUCACAUAUACAACAUCAUACAUGAUAUAAAUUUUAUACACUAAGAUAUAGCCUCUAAAAAUUAACAAUGGGUAGAUCAAUGUAGUACAAUGAACACACCAAUUAACAAUAUAUAUUCAAAUCAAAGGCCAAGUAAAAUUGUGAUAUUUUGUAUAUAUUGUGAAUUUAGUUUAGGUAGGGUACUUGAAAACCGUAAUCUGUUUAAUUAAUGUAACAGCUUACUAUAACGUUGCUCUGUAACCUUUAUCCAGAUAUGUUCUGGAAAAUAUGUCCAGUAUUAUAGCUAUGUAGGCUAUGUUUGUGUACAGAGAAAAGGUCAUUUUGUUAGGAUUGUCUAAAUACAAGGGAGUAAUGCCGUAUUAACGUGUACCGUAAUACGUGGAUACCUACGUUUCUGUCCAAGCCAUCAUUAAGGCAUUGAACGAUAUCAACGUUAGUUUGUCACUGCCGGUUUCUUACUGUAAUACUGCCGGGUAUGCUAUCAUUAUUAGACUAGCCUGAGGUAAUCUGAUAUGCAUAUUACAUUACAUCUUCAACUCUGCAUAAUGUUUUUAGUUUUGUUUCGUUGCCUCGUACAGUGUGAUUUGGCGCAGUUGUGCAGUUUUGGCUUCUCACCUGUUCUCCAUGUCAAGUAAUUCCAGUAGCCAAACACUUGUUCUGCCAGUCGUGCUGCCUUGGUGUGCACUUUCUCCUCAUUUUUAUUGUGAAGAUCCAGGAAUGUUGUCUGCUGUGCUUCUUGUACAUACUGUAUGAAAAAAAGGGUUAGGGUUAAAAAAGAGAGAAUAUUCCUUCAUUUUUUUUCCUGCAUGUCCCAAAGCAUCAAAGAAAAACUACGGUUUGGGAUGCUUAGAUGCGCAAACUCUGGUAGAUCUUGCCUUAGUCGGCUUACUAGUUUCCCACACAGUUUUUCCUCAAGCUUGAGCAGGUUCUAUUGGGAAGGGCACCAUUCUCUGUAGUACAUACAGUAAAUAAAUGACUGUGGGCAAAGCUGAGGGCAUUGUUUGUUCACUGUGUGGGGGGAAACCAACUCACGCUGGCCGGAAAGCAUCUGCCAGAGCUGCUCGGUUUAUUUGAAAAGCUGGCUCAUUCAAGUAUAAAUCUUGUGCCUCUUGGUGGAUAGUCGUGUCGUGUGAGCCGUGCUCUGGCGCAUGUUGGUCUUUCAUUUUCUUUUUUCUUUUUUUGUGGUGUUACACUGUGAUAAUAUACUAACCAGUGACAGGACAAGGACUGUCCUGGACUGGAAAAAAAUUUAAAUCUGCACAAACUAUGACAUGGGUACUUUGCAGUCACCUUGAGUAAGGACAGUGUUUAACUACACAAAGGGCCAGCAGAUGUAACUCAUGGCUGUUUGUGUAAAUCAGCUUUGUGUCUGUCUGAAAAGUAGUCAGGAAGAGGCAUUGCUAGUGUAUUGCCAUACCAUAAUUGUCCAAAAAAGAAAUUGUCUUGCAGUAAAAAUAAUGUGCCAGAACAAAAGUAAUUUGAUAAAGCUUCCUGCCUCAAAAGAAACUGGUAUGUUUACGACUUGCUGCCUCCACCAUACAUCAUGAUUAUUGCCAAAUUAUCUGCCGUGCCAAAUGACCUUUUGAGACAAGUGCAGGGGGGAGUGAUUUGCCCAUGGAUAUUGCAUUGUAUGUGUGUGUGUGUGUGUGUGUGUGUGUGUGUGUGUGUGUGUGUGUGUGUGUGUGUGUGUGUGUGUGUGUGCAGGUGUGGUGUGCACACGCACUUGUGUGUGCAUGUGUCCCUCAUGCUAUGAUCAUGUUUUCUGGGUUGAAAUGUGAUGCAGGCAUUAGUUGAUGAGAACAAUGCUAGUGACAAAGAUUUCAUUUGAAUAGCUCAUGAUUUGCCAGCCCAUUAUGGGUAACUACAGAGAUUGAGACUUCACCCCUGUAAUAAAGGAACUGAUACAGAAAGUAUCCUGUCCAAAUGCAUUACUGCAUUCUCCUUAUCCCAGUGCUAACAAGGACAACAGAAAGACACAUCUCCUCCAGGGUUCGCGUUGAAGACGUUCCCAGGACGUUCCCUUUCUGUUCAAAAUGACACCAUCUUGCUAGCUUUUGUCUGCUCAGGCUUCUCAUGCUGAAGGGUCUUUGUGCUUGUAAUGAUGAAUCGAUGAGGGUUUCCACAGUUUUGCUGCAGCUCCCGCUGAGUUGAGUGUGGUUCCUCCUGCCGUGCGGAGCACUAGCACUGCCUCCACCACCCUCCGCCUCUCUGGGCUUCACACAGCCAAACGCAGUCGACAGUCGCAGAUCGGAGGGCUCGCAUACUUAACCUGCAUUAGUCUGCACCUUGGGCCACUUCACUGCGCUGGGGUCUAUGUUUCCUGCGCAAUACAGAAGCAACCCAAAAUGAGGAAAGGUCUUUAACUCCAUCACCAGUGAGCCCAUUCAUGUGUAAUUGCAAUGUUAUAGGCACACAAUUACAUUCCUGCUUAUUGUGGUCUGUUCAAGGAAAGAAACUCAAAUAAAUCAGAUGAAUGAUAUAUUCAUAUAUUAUGUGAUGUGGUGGACCUUUCCUAAGUGGAGGUUGGCAUGAGAGCAAAAGGAAGUGAAUCACAGAAACAGACUGCGAAUGUGCAUUUAGAUUGUUCCUGUGGUGCUGGACCUUUGGAAAUCUCCCAUUUUUUUUGAUGGAAAGACAUUGGAUGCCCAAGACACAAUCAUUUAAGAUGGUAGUGGGAUAGUAAUGCAGUGGGUUAACUUCUGGUGGAUUUAAAAUCAACUGUUGUCAUUUUAUUAAUGAGAUGAUGCCCUGGUUAGCUAUCCUGCCAUGAGUUGCCAAACUGCUAACAAUCUCUAGCAAUAUCCAUGUAUUUAUACACAACUGUCGUUUUUGCUCUGUCCAAAACCCAAGCAAGAAGUAACUCGGUUGGGUUUCUAACAGCUUUACAGUUAUGCAAAUACCUGAUCUUUAUCAAGACACCCUGUCAUCAGCAGCCAACCAGAAGGGGACAAGCAUUAACGGGCAAAGCUGCAUCAAAACAAUCUAAAUGCACAGUUAUACUGCAUUUAAAGUCAGGAGUCAGUCCUAUAGUUAAACCUAGUAGUGAUCUACUGCCAGCAUUUCUGAAAUUAACUGGAACAGGAUUCUUGUUGAAAGUAAAGAGUCUUUAAGUGGAUGUUUUAACAAAAGCCAUUCAUUGCCACUGUGUCCCUGUACCAGAUAUAUGUAAAAGUCAAAUGUUAUGGCUUUACUGUCAGAAAUUACCUUGCAUUUUUGUAGACGAUUUGACCUUGAGGUGUUUUUUGCUAUUCUUUCUGUUGUGAACUGUUUGUGGGACUAAUGACAGUAUUUUGAUGUUGUUUUAACCCUUCACAUGUCUGGGUUAGCUGUUCUAAUAACAGUAUUCUGACAAUGUUUUAACCCUUCACAUGUCUGGGUGAGCCGGACUUUACACUGAAUAAAAAUGUUACUUUCA